CCAUCGCAUCUCCUCACCAUCACACUGACGCUCCUCCCCAUUUCUACCUAAUCCCCCCCCUUCUCUCUCGUUCUUCUCGUUUGACUCUGCAUUGGAAGUCUGCUCGCAGAGUUCCGUGGAGAGGGAUGGCGACAACGGCAACAAUAGCAAGCAAGAUGGGGUUCACGGAGGAAGAGAUGGCCGUCGAUGAAGGCCUUGGCUACCCGAAGGCUUACGCGAAGCUUUGCAGGAGCCCCAGCGUGCUCAGCGCCUACGCCCAGGGACCCCCUUUUGCGUUCCUUCCUUACACCUUGCAGCCCCAGGAGGCUCUGAGAGCGAGGGACUGGAGUCAGAUGUUCCCGGUCACUGAUCCAGAGGCGAUUCCUUCUGUUAAUCCUAGAGGCUUCGUCAAUCUCCUUUGGAAGCAGCUUGACCAUCUUGGGAAUGCUGGAUUUGAUCCUGCAUUGUUUCGAGUAGACACAUACGGCAAUGUUCUAUACCUGCAUGCGGAUUCGGCUUCGCCACUUGCGUGGGAUAUCGAUCACUGGUUUCCUUGUUCGAGAGGAGGAAGAACGGUUCCAAGCAAUCUAAGGCUGCUGCAAUGGCAAGUGUGGAAGAAGAAGCACAACAAGCUGGAGUUUCUCAUCCCAUGGUGGGAUCUCCAAUUGGGCAUCUCUGUGAACCAGUUCCUCUCGAUUUUUGCUUCUCGGAACUCGGAUUUCAGGAGUAGAGCAUUUUCUUAUCUGUUCUGCGAUGGAGGAAGCGAGGAGCUAAACGCACUGCAGGCUGUCGACUCCCAUCAUUUUCCGCAGCAUUUCAUCGAGAUGGAGCGACAAGUUGGGCUUGGUCCUGCUUCCAUUGUCUCAUCAAGAAGAAGUUUUGAUGCGUCAGUGCUGAGACCCAUUGAUGCAAAUAGACAUCUGAGGCACAACUAUCCUCUAAUUGCUGCAAGGAAAUUCACCAGAGAAGAAGAAGAUGCUCAUAGCAUGGCAACACACAGCUCUAAACCCCUUGUCUCGAAGGAAAACACUAGCCCUGAUAUGGAUACUUGCGAUAGCAACCCUUAUUUGUCCAUAGCAAUGGCCAGAGACUCACUGAGGCAGAGAGAAGAGGCUAAGAAAAAACAAGCUGAGAUAAGUCGCUUGGAAGAUGAGCUGAACGAGUUGAAGCAGAAGAACGAAGAAGACCGGGUUGCUCUUCAGGAGCUGGAAACUCUUCUCGUCAAACGGAGACGAAGAGUCGAGAAAUGUCGGAGGCUCGCGGAGGCACAGUCUUCAUACAAGGCUUUACUGGAGAAGAUGAUUCGGGAUGCCAUGCACCAGAGCGUUGUCUACAAGGAGCAGGUUAGGCUGAACCAGACUGCAACAAGUGCUCUAAUGGCAAGAUUGGAGGCGCAGAGAGCACUGUGUGAUUCCUCAGAGAAAGAACUCCGUCGGAAAUUUAAGCAAAGAGAUGAGAUUGAGAAACAGAUAAGGCCUGUGUGGGAGCUAAGAAAAAGAUCACGUAUGGAUGAGACCCUUUUGGAGGAAGGGCGCAACGAAAGCAUUCGACUGUUAUGCACAAGGAGGACAAGGACUACUCCUCUAACGAAGGAGCUGAGGAAGUUUCUAGAGGAAGAGCAGAAGGCUUCUGAAGCUGGUCUAUCUCUUGGUGAAGAUGGAGGAGAAGAGACAGAGGAAAGUGCAACGACUGGCAGUUCACAAAAGGAGAAGUCUGCUGUUCCUCAGAGCCAGAAGAACGAGGAAGCAGAAGAGCAUAGAAGUGUGAUCGAUGAGAAGCUUAAGCAAUUAGCAACAAGUGAUGGACAUUUGAGCCAGACUAGUGAAUCAGAGCAGCAAAGUUUCUUGCAUCGAGGCUCUCAAGAAGAAGGAUAUAAGGCAUCCGGAGCUGGGAAUGAUAUCAUGUUGCUCAAUGACAAGCCCAGGGACGUAGCAGCAGAAGAGAAAGUAAAGCCUCCUAUACUGAAGAUAAAGAUCCCAAAACCUCGAAGCCCUCGCAAAGAAGAAGAAGAAGAAGAAGAUGGUGAUGAUGGGAACAACAAUCAAAUCGGGAAACGAAAUGUAGAUAAAUGGCUCGAAAUCCUUUUGGAUGGCUUUGAGGAAGGCUCACCCCAAAAGAAGCCCGAUGCUCCAGAAGAUAACCUGGAUGAAUCUGUCUGCAAGAUGAACUCCGCUCACCCGCAUAAACAAAUCAAAUUCUUAAGGCUCAAGCCAUUAGAAGAAAAAGCAGGUACUGCUCGAAACCCAAUCACUGAGCAAAAAACCAAUUCAAGCAAGAGCAGACAUGGCGAGGAUAGUAGUAAUGCCAGCAAAGAGGAGGUUACCGGAAGUAGGAAGAGCUUUGAGGUGAAGGAUCCAAGGUCUGAGAGCAGCAGGGGUUUUCGGUCACUGCCAUCAUCACCUUCAAUGAUACUGGGAAUGAGAAGGGGUGUGGACUGCAUAGGGAGGAAGCCUCAGGUGAUGGGUGAUGAUAACAAUGGCAACGAGAGUGUUGUAUCCACAAACAGCAGCAAGUUCAUCAAGUCCUGCAGCAGAGCAAUCAAGAGAGCCAUGAACAUAUAAGAUUGUGCCAUGCAAUCCAUGUCUCGGAAUUGUUUAUUCGUUUUACUUUCCUAUUUAUAAUUGUUUCGUUCAGUUUAUUUCCUAUCAAACCGCUAUUGUUUGGUUGUGUUGGAACUUUGUGUGUUUUUGUUUAGUGAGUUAAUAGUGGAGGGUGGAUGGCUCUCUGAUAUGUAUGACUGCUUGUUGUAACGGAAUGAAUGUGGAUUAGUGCAAUUUGACAUUGUUCUGUA